AUGGCUCAGACAAAGCAGACUGCCUGCAAAUCAACCCAUGGGAAAGCACCCAGGAAGCAGCUGAAGGCAAAAGCCACUCACAAGAGCACGCCCUGUACUGGCGGGGUGAAGAAGCCACAUCGCUACAGGCCUCAUCCUGUGGCACUCCCUGAAAUCAGGCAUUAUCACAAGUCCACUGAAUUCCUGAUUGGAAAACUUCCCUUCCAGCGUCUGGUGCAAGAAAUUGCUCAGGACUUCAAAACAGAGUUGCACUUUCAGAGCGCAGCCAUUGGUGCUUUGCAGGAGGAGGCAAGUGAGGCCUGUCUGGUUGGCCUCUUUGAAGACACCAACCUGUGUGCCAUCCAUGCCAAAUGUGUAGCAAUUAUGCCAGAAGACAUCCAGGUAGCACGCCGCACACGUGGAAAGCAUGCUCAAGAAUCCACUAGGAUGGAAAACAGCUCAUUCUUUUUUUAA